ACAGAGGCGAACUGCGACUAACAACUAGCGAAGCAUUCAGAGCUUCUGACAGGAUGUAAGAUUUUGAGAAUUUUCUGUGGUCUCGGCUGGCUCAGCCUCAGCGGGGGGAGAAUGGAGAUCAGAGUCGAGUGACACUCUGGAUUUGGACCCAAGCUAUCUCAGCGGCUGCUUCGCUGAAUUAUUGAUCCCUCAGCUUGUGACUGGUUAAAAAUGAGGAAGACAGCGUUGAUGAUUUGGAUCAGCCUUUUGGUGCAAGUGUCCCAUGGUGCCCAGGGUCAUUAUGCCCGCAAACUUCUGAAUGACCUGAUGGAGGACUAUUCCAACGCUCUGAGACCAGUAGAGGACACAGACGCGGCCCUCAACGUCUCCCUGCAGAUCACCCUGUCACAGAUCAAAGAUAUGGAUGAAAGAAACCAGGUGUUGACCACAUACCUGUGGAUCAGGCAGGUCUGGCAUGAUGCUUACCUGAAGUGGGACAAGGAGGACUAUGACAACUUAGAGAUGAUCAACAUCCCCAGUGAUCUGGUUUGGAAGCCAGACAUCGUCCUUUACAACAAAGCUGAUGACGAGGAGUCAGGUCCGUCCAACACCAAUGUGAAGCUGCGGUAUAAUGGAGAGAUCGUCUGGGACUCUCCAGCCAUCACAAAGAGCACAUGUGUGGUGGACGUCGCCUACUUUCCCUUUGACUGGCAGCAAUGCAAUCUCACCUUUGGCUCCUGGACCUACAACGGCAACCAGGUGGACAUCAGUUUGGGCAUGGACAGUGGUGACCUGUCUGACUUUGUGGACAACGUGGAGUGGGAGUGUCACGGCAUGCCGGCUGUUAGAAACGUCAUGAUGUAUGGCUGCUGCUCCGACCCUUACACUGAGAUCACCUACACCCUGCUCCUGAAGCGCCGCUCCUCUUUCUACAUCUUCAACCUGCUCCUGCCCUGCUUCCUCAUCUCAUUCCUGGCCCCGCUGGGCUUCUACCUGCCGGCCGACUCGGGGGAGAAGGUUUCCCUGGGGGUCACAGUGCUGCUGGCACUCACUGUGUUCCAGUUGUUGGUGGCUGAGAGCAUGCCACCAGCAGAGAGCAUGCCCUACAUAGGAAAGUACUACAUCGCCACUAUGACUAUGAUCACAGCCUCGACUUCCCUCACUAUCUUCAUCAUGAACAUUCAUUUCUGCGGCGCUGAGGCCAAACCAGUCCCCCACUGGGCCAAAGUGCUCAUCAUUGACUACAUGUCGAAAAUCUUCUUCGUCUAUGAAGUGGGGGAGAACUGCACAACGCCGGAGAGUGAGAGAACCCCGCUGUACCCAGAAGAACCCAUGAGCGAUAGGGCCUGCUACCAAGAUGACCGUUUCAACGAUGGCUACUACCAUCAUGACAGCGAUCCAUACAAGUACAGCAACGGCCACAGCAUGCAGCAUCACAAUAGGCACCACAAAAGCCAUGCGAAUGGCAGCGCCAACAGCAGGCUCCACCAUUAUAACAACCACAACAACCGUGCUUCCAGGCUGGAGAGGGGUGAGGCAAAGCAAGAGCCCCCACACCGCUACCACCACAUCAGGAGGGAUGAACUGGACAACCAGGCUGCUCCUCAUCCACGAAACCUCCAGCAUCUGAAUGGGGGGCUGAAGGAGCAGAUCCUCUACCCCUCAGAGAAGUAUCAGAUCCCUUCCUGCCCCUGCUGCUGCCCCUGCCUCCAACAUAAACAGGUGGUGAAGAACAUACAGUACAUUGCAAACUGUUUCCGUGAGCAGAGAGCCCAAUGUGUCAAGGCAGCAGAGUGGAAGAAGGUUGCCAAGGUGAUGGAUAGGUUCUUCAUGUGGAUCUUCUUCGUCAUGGUCUUCCUCAUGAGCAUCCUCAUCAUUGCCAAGGCGUCGUGACGGCUUCGCCAUCGUCUUUUUAUCAACAUUAAUCCUCAGAUAAAGCUUGGCCUCAGUGUCACUUAUUUCUAUCUUAAUGCAGCAUCAGACAAAUCAAAACUGUUUUGUCCAAAAGGAAACUAUUUCCUAUGUCAGUAUUGUGUUGUGUGUGUGUGUGUGUGUGUGUGUGUGUGUGUGUGUGUGUGUGUGUGUGUGUGUGUGUGUGUGUGUGUGUGUGUGUGUGUGUGUGUGUAUGUGAGUAGGUUUGUCAGGGUUCAUUGUUGUGUUUUAUUUUGCUUUGACAGAAAGAGGACAAGGUCGCCACACACAGUCAUCCCUUUAAUCACACGCUCACACAGAAACUCGGCGAAGCUGCUUGGUUAGUUAAUGUCAGGUGUGCUUGCAUGUGUCACGGAGCAGUGGAGCGGUAAGACAAUCUAGGCCGUGCCUUGAACAUGCGUGGACUCUCUAUUAUUCAUGAGCUAACAGCCAGACAUCCCGCUAUAGGCUUUACAUUUCUUGCAUUGCGUUUUAAGCAACCAGGUGCUGCGGUUUUCCAGAGUCAGUUACAGGAGAACCAGCAGAAUAACCUUAAAUAUUUACCGAACAACCGUAUGAAUGAUGAAAAAGAGGGAAAACUGAGCAACUAAAUGAUGAAUCAACUGUGCACUUAACUGAUUAUCACUGGUAGAAUGCACAAUGUAAAGAUAUCAAAGCCACUUUAAACUGGUGGAGUGCUUUUUUGUUUCGAUGUUUGAGAUUGGUUUACAGGUUAAGACUUGGAAUGAAAGGGUGAAUGUUUACCUUUCUUAUUUCACAAAGAUGCUCCUUAAAGGGUGGAUGUACCAUACCUACUGACUGAUUUACAUCCUGCUCAUUGGUCCAGUAAAAAU